CACACACAGGUGUGAAGAGGUGUGAUACUCUGAUCUCAGUUCAGCCGUAGCUGUGGGAUGAGGAGAUCUCAGGAGACGUGUGACGAGGAGCUGAACACCUGAGCACACCUGAGAUAAACAUGCCAUCUCACUCGUGGAGCUGUGCUGAAGAAAGAGCUUGACCCGGAGCAUCAGCACUCAAUCUGUGACCCAUGGAUCAGCCGUGGAGCGGGUCAGAGUCUGAAGAUGCUUUUGACUUUCUCUUCAAGAUCAUUCUCAUCGGAGAUUCAAACGUGGGCAAGACGUGUGUGGUGCAGAGCUUUAAAACAGGACUUUACUCGGAGCGACAGCAGAACACCAUCGGUGUGGACUUCACCGUUCGGACCCUCCACAUCCACGGCAAGAGAGUCAAGAUGCAGGUUUGGGACACGGCGGGACAGGAGCGAUUCCGCACCAUCACACAGAGUUACUAUCGCAGCGCACACGGGGCCAUGAUCGCCUACGACAUCACCCGCCAGGCCACGUUUGAUUCCGUCCCGCGCUGGAUUCACGAGGUUCAGCAGUUUGGAGCGGCAAACGUACUCAUGGCUUUGAUAGGUAAUAAGUGUGACCUGGAGGAUGAGCGUGAGGUUCCGUUUGAAGACGCUUGUAAUCUAGCAGAUGACAGAGGUUUAGUGGCGGCGCUGGAGACAUCAGCUAAAGAUGCUCGGAGCAUCGAGGAGGCGUUCGUGAUGAUAGCACAAGAACUUCUGCUGAGGAACGGCAUGAAGAUCACGCAAGAAGAUUCACAGCACGACUCUACGCGCGUGAUCCUGAGAACAGACUCGAGAUCCCUCGAUCAUCUCACACCAGACACCACACACAAAAAGAGCUGCGACUGCUGACAUCGGCUCAUCUGACACUGUGAAUAUUCUGACUGCGACCGCUUGAAUUGUACAGUAUUUUACUCAUUGAUUCACAGCAUCUGCUAAAUGAAUAAAUAUCACUUUUUACAGAACAAAAAAGUGUGAGUGGAU